GUGUCUUUCGAUCAGAGGAACAAAAACACAGCCAGACAGCCAGUCAGAGGCUGUUUGGGAGUUUUCGCAGCGUGAAUGUUAUUUUAGGCACACAUUUGCGCACGCACGGAUUAGUCGCGCGCUGCUCCAGUGUUUCAUCAGUGAUGAAAGUUUGAGGAAAAACUCACCAUUGCCAUGCUGAAGGUGCAGGGAUGUCAUCCAGGCGUGGCUCGGGGAGGAUAUGGAUGUCUAUAUAAAUGACUCGGUUCACAUUGAAUCACAGAUGAAAUGAGCGGCUCUCUCCUGUCCGGUCUCUAAGCGCACAAGUUUUCCUCGUCAUGGCAGAGGUGACUGGAUUUCUCGGGAGCAUUGAUCUGGAUUUGCAGGCGUUUCCAGCGUUGGGGAAUGUGCCUCUGUCGGACGGUCUGAAUGAGAGAUUGGGUCUGAUUGAGGGCAGACUGCAGCGCGGAUCGCUCACGGAUUUUGGCCACCUGAAGGGCAUCCUGCGCAGGAGACAGCUCUACUGCCGCACCGGCUUCCACCUGGAGAUAUUUCCUAACGGGACGGUACACGGAACCAGACAGGACCACAGCAGAUUCGGUAUUCUGGAGUUUAUCAGUCUGGCCGUCGGCCUGGUGAGCAUACGAGGCGUGGAUGCGGGCCUCUAUCUGGGGAUGAACGAGAAAGGUGAACUCUAUGGGUCGAAGAAGUUGACAGCAGAAUGCGUGUUCCGUGAGCAAUUUGAAGAGAACUGGUACAACACGUAUGCGUCUACGCUCUACAAGCACGCAGACACUGGGAGAUACUAUUAUGUGGCCCUAAACAAGGACGGCUCCCCUCGAGAAGGCAAUAGGACUAAAAAGCAUCAGAAGUUGACUCACUUUCUACCCAGGCCAGUUGAGAUCGAGAAGAUACCCCAGGCCUACAGAGACUUAUUCCAGCAUAGGUGACCAGAACAUCACCCAGAGCUGCUGGGUUGGAGAGGCUUGGAUGGGAAAGAUGGACACUGAGGAACAUUAAGAAACACAAGACCUUCCUCCUCAUAACUGUUUAUAUUUGGGUUCUGGUCCAAAAUCAGGAGCCUCUCCAACGGUGACUGAGAUAAACAGUAUGUGUGUGUCCUGGAUGGCUCUGUUUCCUCUCCUUUAAGGGUUUUAAACCACAGAAGAGGGAACAUUCCUGCAUCCAAAGCUGGUAACAAAAGAUGUCUUGAGAAAGAGGUGUUGACUUCAGGGCCACAUGACACAUGUCAUGCAAACACCCUUUCUUCAGACAUUCAUUUGUGGGAACAACACUUUUCUGUAAAGUGGACCACAAUUUGGGCAUGUUCUCACUGGAAACAACUAGAGAUGAAACUAAAAAAGUACCUAAAUGUCUUCAUGCCUUUGACCAACAACUGCCUUAAAGGUGAACGUGGUGUUGAACUCAUGCUGAAAGGUCAUGAAAGGUGGACGCAGCACUUACCAAGAAGUUGGACAUGGGACGCAUACCCCAACCUUCCUGUAGGACAUAUGCAAAGCAAAAGCUCUUCAGAUAAACAUACCAUUAAGGACACUGCAAGACAAUGAAGAAAAAAUGACCAAAAAAAAAAAAACAAAAAAACAUAUAUUUUGAAUGAAAAAGCAGCACUUACCUUAGGCUUACCUUGUUCCCCACUUAUGUUACAAAAUCAGAUUCACUAUGAUGUUUUGGCAUCUACUACUUUUGAAGAUUCAAACUGUUAAUUAUGGAAAACAUUUCCAAUUGCUAGAAAAAGUGAAUACAACUUAGGAUAUAAUUUGCAGUAAAAACAUAUGGGGCUUGCAGAAGGGUUUGGUAGAGGCUUCGGUCAAUUGACUAAGAGUGACUUAUAAUGUUCAGGCUGUCAGGAACAUUAUUAAAAACGUAGGUGAAAGUCAUGUAAAUAUGGAUGAACCUAUUUAUGAGAUGUACAAUAUAUUUAUUUUCUACAUAUAAAGUAUAAUUAUAAAUCUCUAUAUAAAUAUAUUUAUUUAUUUCAAAGACUUUAUUUUGUAAUGAACUUGAAGUUAUCGAACUGUAGAUUCUACUGAAAUUAUACGGAAAGGCUAAACCAUUUGACCUGAAUGAUAGACAAUAAA